AUGGAUUUCAUUACCAAGAUGCCGAGGACGGAAAUGGGAUUUGAUGCUAUAUGGGUCAUCGUGGAUCGAUUGACCAAGAGCGCCCAUUUCUUGGCGAUUCGGGAGAGUUUGUCGGCUGAGAAGUUGGCCGACAUGUACGUUCGCGAGAUCGUGUCUCGCCAUGGGGUUCCCGUUUCCAUUGUCUCCGAUUGGGAUGUCAGGUUUACAUCCCGUUUCUGGCAGAAGUUUCACGAGGAGCUGGGCACGCGGUUGCACUUCAGCACAACAUUCCAUCCGCAGACUGAUGGUCAGAGCGAGCGGACCAUUCAGACCCUCAAGGAUAUGUUGAGGGCGUGUGUCAUUGAUUUCGGUGGGAGCUGGGAUUCCCACCUACCGCUUGCAGAGUUCGCCUACAACAACAACUAUCAUUCCAGCAUUGGCGCCCCGCCAUUCGAGCUGUUGUACGGACGGAGAUGUCGCACCCCGGUAUGUUGGGGUGAGGUUGGUCACAGGGUGAUGGGUCGGACGGAGGUGGUUUUGCAGACUACCGAGAAGAUUCAGCAGGUUAGACAGCGGCUGCAGACCGCUCAGAGUCAGCAGAAAAGUUAUGCUGACCGACGCCGAUCCGAGUUAGAGUUUCAGGUCGGCGAUAUGGUACUCCUGAAGGUCUUGCCCUGGAAGGGUGUGAUCCGCUUUAGGAAGAGGGGAAAAUUGGGUCCCCGGUAUAUUGGGUCGUUCAGGAUCAUUGCCAGGGUUGGCAAGGUGGCUUACAGGAAAGUGAAAGUCCUGCGCAACAAGGAGGUUCCAUUGGUGAAGAUACAAUGGGAGCAUCGGAGGGGAUCCGAGUGGACAUGGGUGUCGGAGGCUGAGAUGCGGGAGCAUUACUCGGAGUUAUUCGCUGCAGUAGACUUCAAGGACGAAGUCUAA